UUGCGCGAUUUCGACUCUUGAACGGCAGGCACCAGAAACCUACACUCGUUUUUUCGUUCAUUGAUCCUGCGACCAGAGGCCCAGCACCCGUCUCGUCUUCGCAGGCCGUGACAUGAUCUCGAAUUACCGUCGACCUCCAUUCUAUCUUCUCCAUUCAUUCAACCAUGGCUGGGACAGAACCAGCAGUUCAUGAUGCCGACGGGCCAGCUGUUCAGAAGGGGCCAACAAUUGUGUCGUCCACCAUAUACGAACUUAGCGAGCUCAAGAAGGAGCUCAAAAAGGAGCGCGAGAAGGCUCAGGGCCUCGAGAAAAGCUACGAAGAAAUGAUCCAGAAGGGCGCAGCCGACGCUUGGCAUAUAGAAGAGCUCAAUAAGGACAUCCAGAGAAUAGAAGCAAGCGCAUGGCCACAACAUCGUGAGCUCAUGAUGGCGCGAGAGGGGCUCGAAACCGCCAUGCGGGAGAAAGAAGAGAUAGUUUCUAAAUUUCGCGGCAUGCAAGCGCGCAUAGAUGAACUGAACGGCGUCACCCGCCACCUCGACGUUCGCUGUUGCAUGGCUAACCAGGCGAUUUUCGGCUACGUGCGGCACAUUGGGUACCUGGAGAGAGAAAAUGAUAUCUUGAGGGGCUCGAUCGAACACAGGGCCAACGCGUCGGGAGCGAUGGCCGCGGAAAUGACGGGUCUGAAGCAGCUUAUGACCCGUUAUCAGAACGAGCUGGAGACCACGAAAUGUCUCAACCAGUCGCUGUAUGCCGACGUUCGGCGGCUCUCGAACAAGACGCAGGACAUGAGGGCCAAGCUGAAGAAGGCCGAGUUCGACGCGACGACCAUGAAUAUACAUAAGCAAGACCUCCAGAAAGUCCUCGCCGUCGCCGAGGGAAAGCUGAACAUUCUCGAGAAGCAGGCGCCCUACGACGCCCGCACUCGCGAAGAGACUGAAAAGGACCUGGUCUUGGCCAAAAAGAGAUUAGAGAAUACCAAAAAGCAAAGAAAAAAGCCUGCCCAAACCAAGGGUAAGGUCACGGCGAAGGAUGAGGCGGCUAUGGCCGCCAUGGAGAAGGGCCUAGAGGACGAGAUUAAGCGCCUCACAAGGUCGCUCGAGGAGAAGGACAAAAAUAUACAGGAGCGGGAGAUCAAGAUGGAAGAACUGCGAGCAAGAAUCAAGAGCAACGCGGAUGAGCAGGAAAGUAUACAACGCGAGGAAAAUGAGGAUGAAUCGGACAGUCGAACCGUCGUCGCGGUCGAGGACACCAAGGUCAAGGAACACUCCAAAAUCGACGAGUGGUAUGUGGAGGUGAGCACGCCGGCCGACGAGCUGGCGAGGCUGCGAGAGGAGCUGCAAGACGCGCGGGAGGAGAUAGACCAACUGAAGGAGACAGUCGAGGGCCUAAAUGGGGUCAUACACGAUCAAGAAACUGAGAUCCAGCGACGGCGGCAGAAUGAGACGACGCUGCGGGCCGAGGCGGAUCGGCAAGGAACCAUAGCGGCCGAGAGCCAGGAGAAGCUGCGGGAAAAGGAGCACCAGGUGCUCGAGCUCGAGCGAAUCCAGACGCGUGCCAACCUCAAGUUGAUCGGGAGCGGCAUCAUCGUGAUAGAGGCACUGGUCCGCGACCGGACCCUGCUGGUGCAGCACGUGCUUGAGACGGUGGCCGGCCGGCUGGACGGCAUCGACAGUGCGACCUCGGCGAACCGCGCCUUCGACGAGAUCGACGGCUUCCUCGAGAACGUCACCGGCCACACGCUAGGCUGCAUAAAGCAGGCUGCGCAAGACGCCUCCGCCGUCAACGGCGUGGUGCGCAAUAUGCGGCGCCUGCUGCCCAGCCUAGCCAACAAGAACGACAGGGACGACGUGUCGCGCCUCUUCGGCGAGGUCCAGAUGUUUAAGACGGACGUCAAGGGGCUGAUGGAAGGCAUCAAGCAGGAGCUGGCCGGCGCGGGGGCGGGCGCGAUCGCCGGCGACGGCGGGGCCAUACAAAAGAAAUCAAAACAAACGGGAGCCCCCCGAGAUCGACGCUUCUGGCUAGGUUUCCAGCCGGCUGAGCUCGUCUUUUCCUCGGACCUUCCCAAGCCAGAGAGAAAGAAGAUGGCGUAUGUCGUGGAUAUUCUGAGCCAGCUGAUCGUGGCCAUGGUCGGCUUCUGGAUCGUCGACCGCCUGCGCGUCUCGUUCAAGCUCAGCGACACCUCGGCCAAUUUCCAGCGCGCGUGCAUCUGCAUCGCCAUUUGCUUUAUCGCUGUGCAAUCUGCCCAAUCCACCAAAAGGCGCCCGCGCAC